AUGGAUGAAGCUAUGACUGAUAACAUGCGCUCCGCAAGUGACAAUGCCAUCCAGGUUGCAGGACGGACGUAUUCGAAUGGCACUUUUAUCCAUGUGCUCUGGUCACGGCAGCUGAAGGCGACUUUGUGGAAGUCUUCCUUGUUGCCUUUACUUACAGGAACCCUUGCGACUAAAACGGGCGUUGGCCACGCGAAGGGCGGGGAUGAGUUGGUCAACUUGUCAAAGAAGGUCAAGGUUAAAAUGGAGGAUCAGACUCCUCCUCUCUUCUCCGAGCAAUAA